GUCCAGCUUGCGUCCAUUUUCUCUUUUUCCUCCUCUCCUUCCUCUCCUGUCUCCAGCUUCUUCUUUUUUUUUUUCCUUGCGACGGCUUCUCCCUAGACGACCACCUCUUUCGUUAUACACUCCGGCAGCCUGUCUGCGUAGAACUUGUGCGCUUAAUCAGUAAUACUCCUCGCUCUCUACCGCCUACCGCCACCCCCCACACACUUCGACAAAAUGCCUUUCGCUCCUGGUGACUCCAAGAAGGGUGCGGGCCUCUUCAAGACCCGGUGCGCCCAGUGCCACACGCUGGCGGCGGGUGAGGGCAACAAGGUCGGCCCUGCGCUUCACGGCCUGUUCGGUCGAAAGUCUGGCCAAGUCGAAGGGUUCUCCUACACGGACGCCAACAAGCAAAAGGGCGUUACCUGGGAGGAGAGCUCGCUCUUCGACUACCUAGAGAACCCGAAGAAGUACAUCCCCGGUACCAAGAUGGCGUUCGGCGGUCUCAAGAAGGAAAAGGACAGGAAUGACCUCAUCACGUUCAUGAAGGAGGCGACGGCGUAGACGACGAUUACGAGACAGACGUGUACCAAUACCAUCGCAUAGACAGGAACCGGCCCGUUGUGUAUUUAUAGACUACUAGACCGUGGUGGGCGCCGCUACGGGCGCGGACUUACAUAUCCAUCUCCUCUUUUUUUUUACAACGGCGUGUAUGCGGUCAAAAAGAAUGCUGGGAUUUUCAGGCUUCUUGGCCCCCUCCCGGAGGCUUGGAAGAUAGACUCUUUACUCAUCGACAGCAAUCAACAUUUAUGCAUAUUCCCAGAGCUAUUACGACCUAAUGAAAACCAAACCACAAUACCUACAUGCACACACACACAUAUAUACCUAUGCACAACUCCUCUCUAGAUGGACGCGGUGCAACCGAUGCGACC